GUAGUGCAUUUCUUUUUGUAUUCAUGCUCUGACCAAAGCAUUGGCCCGAAUAUUUUGUUUACAGUUUUUUAUGUGCCCGAUCGCCCUCAUGUGUGUUCAUAUAUGGCUUCAGAACUUUUAUACCUCGGCCUUUUGUUUACGAUAACAAUAACAUGUGUAUAUUGUGAGGGAGUUACAAAUGAAUCAGAAGUGAUUUUGGUACCAGCACCAUAUCGCAUAAUAGUUCUUGACCAGAAAGCACCCUUGCUUAUUAAUUGUUCAGUUAAUAUCACAGGAUCAAUUCAGUUGUACAAUUAUACAUGGCGCAAGGAUGGCAAACUGAUUGAAGAAAAUCGUCGUAAGGCAAGGGUUCGAGAUGCUGAAAGGAAAAAACUUAAGGAUUUACCCCGUGUCAAUCAAUUCAGUAUUUUUCCUAAUGGUUCCUUGUAUCUUCCAAAUGGUUUUCUUUCAUUACAUGGAGUAAAAAAUACAACAAAAAACAGGAAACUUGAUGGAGUAUAUGAAUGCAUUGUCAAUACUUCUAAAGGUGCCACCUUGGCGAGAAAAGUGAAAGUGGUCAGUGCAAGUAUUGCUCAGACAUUUCAUGUGCAGCCAGUAUCAACAGAAGCCUACAAAGGUGGUGUGGCCAGGUUUGAAUGCAAGAUUUCCUCAGAACCAAGUACAACCUAUAUAUGGCAUAAAGAUGACAAGGAAGCACAUGAUCCAAGGUACACUGUUCUACCUUCAGGAGUUUUGCAAAUUUCUGAUGUUCAGCAGACUGAUGAAGGCACCUAUUGGUGCCAGGCAGCAUCUCAACCAUUCACUGUCCAGGAAAAUGCAGGCUAUUCAUGGAAGCAGAGUAAAAGAGCCAAUCUUAAAGUGAAAUCAAGUACAGAAAACAGGCUUGACAUUUUAGCAGCACCUCAAAAUACUGCUGUGGUUGUUGGAGAAACUGCCUUCAUUGAAUGUUUAGUAGAUGGAUAUCCUAAACCUAAAAUAACAUGGAGGAAAAUACAGUCAAAAAUGUUAAAGCCAGAAAUAAUUCAAAAUUUUACUUCACAACAUAUUUAUGGUCCUGGAAAUCUGCGUCUUAUGGAUGUAACAUCUGACCAUGCUGGACUUUAUGAAUGCACCGUCAUUCCUGCACAGGGUGAACCAAUCAAGAGGACUGCCAUUUUGGAUGUCUUAGAACCCCCCAAAGUAGAACAAGGUCCAGAAUCCUAUUCAGCUCCUGUUUCAAAGUCACAACAUCUGUUCUGCAAAGUGUCGGGUAAUCCUACUCCAGUCAUAACCUGGUAUCAUAAUGGAACAAAUGUAGAUGACAAUCUGACCAUGUUUCCUAAGGAUUUCAAUUCUCAAAGGAACAAUCUAGUGCUCUACUUCCAACAAAUUGCACAUUCAGGUUACUAUGUUUGUGUGGCAGAAAACUCUGUUGGACAAUAUAUUGGUUCAGCAUUUGGCAAUGUCUAUCUUACAUCUGCUGCAGCUGCACAGCCAGUCAAUGUCAAGAUUUUUCCCUUAAACUCCACAACUGUUAAUGUGACAUGGCAACAGCCAGGUGCAUCAGACAUUAAAACCUAUGUUGUGAAUUAUCAGGUUGUUGAGCUCUCCCGACCUAAUCAGCAACAGUUGUGUCCUGGUCAAACUCAGUACUGUGUGUUACAUGGAUUGAUGCCUUUCACCAAUUACUCAGUAUCAAUUGCUGCCUUUACGUCAUCAGGCUCAAGUUUAGUUACAAAGAUGCAGUAUGUUAAAACACCAGAAGAUGUUCCACUAGCAGCUCCAUCAAUCACUAUUUCAAGCCCUAAACCAUAUAGCAUGUUAGUCAGUUGGACACCAUUGACACUGAGCCAGAGUAGAGGCAUUGUUACUGGUUAUAAAGUUUAUUACCGUAAAAAAGACAGGGAUGGAGAAUUUCCUGAUGAUGUAGCAGCUGAUCAGACUUCUUAUCUAAUAGCUAAUUUAGAACCAUCAGUCACAUAUGAAGUGCUUGUUCUAGCUGCUACUAAGGCUGGUUUUUCAAAGUCUGACCAACAGACAUGGACAUCAUUCACUAUGCCUUCUGUGGAAGGUGCACCAGGUAGCACAGAAAACUCAGAUGGAAAUGAAUCAAGAGGUUUCAAAAUAAGUGCUUACAAUGUCACAGCUAAUAGUGUUACAUUAGAGUGGCAUCCAGAUAUUAGCCGUGCAGGCUAUGAAAUUUGCUACCAUAUUUUUGAUCAAGAUAAGUCCACUGAGACAUGUCUGGAGAGCAAAAACAACUUAGUAGUCAUCACUGAUUUGGAGUCUUUUACCAAAUAUUUGUUUAGGGUACAACCAUUGAAUUUUGAUGAUGACUUUUAUAGUGAGAUUUAUGUUAAAACAAAAGAAGCUAUGUCAUCACCACCACUCAAUGUGACAGUUGAAGUGAUCAAUGCUCGAACAGUGAUGUUGACGUGGCUUCCUCCUGCUGAGCCUCAUGGAGAUAUAUCAUUCUAUCAUCUUUUGUACAGCAAGGAAACGUCUGAACCUGCCCAAAUGUCUUGGAAGACUAUUACUGAGAAAAUUGCAGAAGAUAAAAAAGUACAAUCUGCUUCAGUAGCUGACCUUGAGCCAGGGACUUAUUUCUUUAAAGUGGCUGCUGUGAAUCUAGCUGGAGAGGGCAUGCACUCUGACAACCAAAGUGUUGUAAUCAAAUGUUAUGAUACUGUGCAUUUCUGUGUCCCACCCAUCUCGAAUACAGAAGCUCCUCCUGAUAUAUCAUCAGUGCAACAAAAAAGCAGUGUUACAUUUAUAGUGGGCAUUGUAGUAGGCCUCUUCCUCCUGGCACUUUUAAUCUUUAUGUCAGUUUACUGUUGGAAGCGUAGGUCUGCUUCUAGAGAGUUGGAUCCCAACUCUAAUCAUGCUCCAAUAUAUCGAGGCAAUGGCCACAUCUCUUCACUUUCUAAUCACCAAUCUGGGCAGAAACCAGGCAAUGGACAUGCUCACCUUACUCAAGGCAAUGGCUCUGGUGACUUUGGUCAUGACAAUAGUCAUUCUCCAGAAUCCACCCCAAUGUUACAGAAAUUGUCUGAAAAUGAGCAGUCUGACUCUAAAGGUCCACCUGGUUUGAUAAUACAAAAUGGUCUUCGAUCAAAUGGUAUUAUAAAAACAAACCAUAAGUCACCUGGUCAAAUAGUCAUUUCACGAUCUGGAGAUCCUAACAGCAGCAUUAGUUCUGAGGAGUUGCAGUUAUUGAUGGUGACUACAACACCAGUGCCUACAGCCAUAAGCCAUAGUAUGGAGAUGGUGCCUAUGUCAACUUUAGAUGACAUUGAUAGAAUAGAUGAAGAGCAAGGAGAUCACAGCAGUGAAGAUAGUGGAACAGGGUGCAGGCGUGCUGGCAUGCCAUGUGGAGAGCACCAUCUGAGUGGCUCAAGUCCGGCUAGUUCACCUGGGGGAAACAGCUUACAUAGACAAAGAGCUUGGGAGAAAGGAAGGCAAGGGGAUGAAUUUGGGGGUGUUUUUAUUGACAGCUCAACGGGUGCAGCAAUUAAGCUUUUGGGGGAUUGCAUUGAAGAGAAAAAGAAGGCGGGAGAGGGUUGCUAUGAUGAUGAUUCUGCCAAUGAUCGAGAUUCUGGUCAUGGAAGUGAAGUCAAAUCCCACAUUGGAAUCCAGAGCAGCGAAAAUCACUCGCUGUCACCAAAAACAGGUACAUCAUUGAAAACAAGUGUGCCUGAAUUAUCUGAGUCUAAUGACUUGGGGUCAACUGGACAAAGGGAAGAUAGAAUAUCCCAUAACCCUUCAGCAGUGCUUGUGGCUUCUACCCAGUCAGUAUCACCCCCACCUUCUCAGCAGCUACCACAUUUAAGCAGCAGGAAUCUAUUCAACAGUAACAGGUCUCACAAUGGCCAUCGCCAGCAUCAGCGAGGUGUGCGUCAGCAUUCUGAUCUACCACCACCACCACCUCCUCCUCCACCCCAUCUCUCUUCACAAACUCUGCCACACCAUCAGAAUCUACAGGCAGCAGGCCCAGCUUCAGCAACUACCGCAGCAGAGGCCAUUAACACCAGCAGCAGCAGAGAGGAAGGAGGAGAGAAUCUGUCGAAUGGUCUAGGCAGCAUCUUAUUCAGGCAGUUAGAGGGUAAAACAGCAGUUGCAUUUUCCCCUCCUCGUCCGCCACCGAGUCCUCCAAACAUUGCUUGAUGGUAGAAGUCUCAAAAUGUAGACAAUACGCAACCAGAAAAUACCUCAUUUAGCUGCUCAGGAAAUUUGCAGCCUCAUGGAAUACAAAACAAAACAAGAGUUAUACCUCAGUCUGAACCUUUUACCUCAUCUUAUUGAUAAGAUUAUAGAGAGUCAAUAGUGAACACUCUUUCACUAGUAACUUUUAUCUAUGAAAAAAAAGACAAAUGCAUGGAUACCAUAAACUUCAAAACAUAAAACAUUGAAGGUGUACUAAAUUAAGUUUUUGGAAUUUAAGAUCUUAUCAACUUUCUGAACCUCAGCAUUUUGGGCAUAAGCGCAAAUGCAUUAUUAUUAUAUUUGUAAAUAUUUAUAUAUAUAUCUCUCGCUAUAUAUAUUAACAUACUUAUUUUUAUUUAAUUGAAGGAAGUUUUAAAGCUGUGAAGGAUUUUUUGUUUCAAAAAACAACACUCUAGCUUACAGCUACAAAAAUUGUCUACAAAUACAUUUAGUAUUAUAUUUCUGUUGUCUCAUUACUUAAAUCAGGUCUCCUAGCAAUGUAAAGGAGAAUUAUAGAUGGUCAAAAAAAACAUCAUACAACCCAACCCAUGUAUUAUGUUAAAAGACUAGCUCACUAACAAUGACGAUAUAUGCCUAGGCCAUAUUUUUACUCAAACUUAGCACUUGUUAACAUUUUAAAUAUUAAAAGCCAAACAUAAUGCUGCCUUUUUGAUAAACCAAAUUUGUUAGUUUGACUUGAAACAUAAAAACCCAACGCCCCCCCCCCCCUCUCAAAUCUUCAUUUUCCUCUCAUUGAUACUCUUGUUUUUGAUGCUUCCCUUAUUUAUAAAUCUGAUGCUGUAAUGCAUUGAUUAAGACAUGAAAUAUAAACCUUAAAAAUAUUUAAAAAAACAAAGUGUUGUUAAACGGAUGCAUGGGUAUUUAUUAUUCUUUAAAUGCCUGGUUUGCAUUUGUUCAUACUAUCUUCAACCUUCUGGUUUUUAUGUUUAUAGUGUUGUUUUUUUUUAUUCUUUUAUUUGUUUGUUUAGAGACAGCUAUCACAGACAAAAUGUUGAAUUUAUUCAGUUUAUUUUGACAAACUGAUGAAAUUAUUUUCUUUUUGGUAGUUCUUCUGCAUUUAUCUGUCACUGUUUUUGCUUAUAUUUCUAUCGGAUUAAUUUGACUCUUUAGGGUAGCUUACAAGUCAUUGAUAUAGAUUUGCAUAGCUGAAUUAGUCGUUAAACGACAUCCAAUGAUUAUUAAAAACAUUUUGCUUUUUUUGUUCUGCUUACAUGUGCAUUAUGUUCAGCAAAUGACAGCUAAGUAGAUCUAGGCUUUACAUUCACUUUUUCUGUCUACUUUUUGAAACUAAUAAAAGACUGGGACCAAGAAAACAAGCUAUUUGAUUUGAUGAAGAUACAUUAGUAUUAAAUAAGUAUUUAAAAAAGUUGGUACUUCUUACAAAAAUAAGAUUCAUGAGGUAAACCAUAGGGUGCAUUAUUAUUAGAAAUGAAUAAAAAGAUGAUUCCUGGUUUUUAAAUUGGCCCCAGCUAUUAGAAACACUUUUAUUUAAAAGAUGUUAUUUAUAAAUCUUUUAAAAACAAAAUUUUGCCCUGGAAAGAUCUUGUUGCUCAAAAACCAGUAUUAUUUUUUUUUUUUUUUGUUUGUUCAUUAGAAUUUUUAAGAUUUUCAAUAAAUAUAUCAUUUUGAAACUUUUUUUUAGCAAGCUAAACAUUCACACUGAGUAACAGAAAUGAGUACAAAUUGCAUUUGAAUUGGUGUCUUUUUUUUUUUUUUUUUUAAAUCCUAUAUAAUUUCUUCUGAACUUCCUAGCUCGUCACUGGCUUUGUAUUAAGUUUCAUUGUGCUACUCCUGUCAUUGUAUUGUAGCUAGCUCUAUUUCAUGCCAACCUCCACUUGCAUUACUUUCUUAUACCUCUUCUUAUACUAGUCUAAAUUGAGUGAGUGAGUUAUUCUUUUGGUAAAAAAAAAUGUUUAAAAAUGCUGUCUUAUUAAAAGCAUUUUAUUUAAAGUUACUUUUUUUUAGGCUUUCAGAAACAAUAAUUUAAAAAAAAAAUAUUUUUUUUAGUCAUGAAAAUUGUAAUGUACAUUAUUGAGACAUAUAAUUGAGCUGUAUUUAAAAAGUUGUUGUCAAAACUGUAAACUUUGUCUUGGAGACGAUUACCUUUCCAUUAUUUUGUUUGCUAUUUGAUUAUUGUUGCAAUGUUUUUAGAGUAACAUGAAUGAAUAGAACUGUUGUGUUUUUUCUUUGGUAAAAAAAAAAGGAAAUCAUUUUUGUAUAUUUUGUACAUAAAUAUGUUAGAGCCAACUACUGAAAGAUAUGUACAUAGAAAAAUACCCAGUAAUUUUUUUUUUUUAAUUUUCUAUUCAAAACUAAUGUUUUUCAAAACUAAGGAAGGAAUUUCCAUAAAAAAAGUAAUCUAUUUUAUUUUGUUUCUGAUUAAUUUCUAAUUAUAUUAAUUAGUUGUACAGUACUGUACAUUAUGCCCCAUUUAAUAUAUUAAGAAAAUAUAAACACUUGAAAUUAGAACAGGGCUACAUUAAUAAAUGUAAAACACAUUAAAUACAACAUGGUUCCAUAAAUAAAAGUAAACACUUCAAAUGAAACAUGGCUACAUAAAUAAAUGUUAAAAAACAACGUUUAUAACUUGUAUCGCGACUAUUUAUUUUGCAUUUGAACAUUUUAUCUCUGGAAAUCCUGUUUUCUUUUGUGUCAUUGAAUGUUUUGCCUAUAUUGUGAUUAGCUUAAGUUUAGUGAUGACUUGAGUAAGUCUUACUUGGCCAUUUUAGAGACGGCUAACAACAAUGAUUGAAUUGUGUGGAAUAUUGUCUUAUGUAGGCUAUUUUAUUAUUGCAACAUAAAUUGUAGUGAUUUAACUACAUCGUCUAGGUUUUGAGUGAAAUAACUUUUUAUGGAACAUUAGAAUUGAGUUGAAAACUUUGAGAUUGAAAACACAUUCAUUAACUUUCUACAUAAGGAUAAAAAAGGAUUGUGGAAAAAAAAUUCUUUUUACUAAUUACAAGAUUAAAAAAAAAACGAUCUGAUAUUUUAAAUCUGUAACAUAUACAUUAUUUUAAUUUAUUCUGUCAUCAAAAUAAUGUAUGACCAUUUUUUUAAAUUUAUUUUUUUUUACCUGGUAAAGAUUGAAGAGACAUGUUUGUAAGCUUUGAAAUGUAAAAAUUAAACAAAAUGUUAGUUCUAUUUUGCAAAGUCUUACUUAAUUGCAGUAAGUUUUCUGCAUUCUUUUGCUAUGUUAGCUUCAGUUUAAACAAACAAGGAAUUGAUCUUAAAAUAUAUAGUUAAAAGUUGAUUAAGUAAUAGAAGAAGUAAAAUUCCCUUAUUCAAAAUUUGAUGAUUGUCUACAAUAGAUCUUAUGUGUUUGUUCUGAAUUCCCAUAAUAAGGUAAUUCAUUUAUUUCUGCAACAGUUCCUUACACUACCUUUGGUGGCUUAAUGUGUAAUGGAGCUUUGUUCAAUGUAUGUAUAAAUGACAAAUCAUAUUUACUCAUAGACAGGUUACACUUUUCAGUGUUGCAAUUCAUUUUUUCGGGGCAGCUGAUUGCUUGUAUUUAAUAUAUAUAUAAAUAUAUAUACUUUUUUUUUUUUUUUUUGAAUCUCUUUGAAAAUCUUUGACAUUCAUUUCCCAUAGUGGAGCGAUUAGUGUGUAUUGAUUUCUACCUGAAAUUUGUGUGUUUCAACUUCUUAUGUUGUUGGUCUUCAAUUCAUAGGAAUGUUGUUCUUUUCACCUUGCCCUUAUUUAUUGAUGUUUCAAAUCAUGUUAGAAAAAGAAUUUAUUUUCAGUUAAAAAAAAACACUUUUUGGACUUUUUAUUGACCAUACUGCAAAAACAACAAGACAAAACUAAGCUCUCA